AUGUUAUUCACCCGCUGUCUGCUAGCGGUCACGACAAUCAACAGUAGCACGGCAUCGGCAGCCGGCCGCCUUAUUCGCAUCAGGAAGAAGUCAAAAUGGAUUGACAGGAGAAGCAAGCGGAUUCCGCAUAACGGAAAGGAUGUGUGGCAGUUUGGCGAACAACCCAGUUGCGCGCUAUGCCACGUGCGGUUCAGGUUUAAGCAAGACUACGAGGCACAUAAGGAAAGUGAACUUCAUCAAAACCGUCUGCGGUGGGUGGAGACUAUGAAAUGGUGGGAGGAAAUCGGGGAACCCCACCAUCAGCAGCACGCGGCAUCGGAGUGGGAAUGGUUCCGGCAGCGCGUUUUACCCGCUAAAGCCGCAGCAAUGGGAUUGUCAGAAGAGGAUGCGGCGAGGGAAUUGCGGCGUGCUGUUAUGCAUGAGACACCUCGUUGGUACUCCCGCAUCCAGCCCCCGAAUGCCCGAUCGGAGAUAAAGGAACCGAGGGACCAGCGUUGGCCAUCAUCGCCGAAAUGGUAG